CGUGCCAAUGUCUGUCCCACUUAGAGCCUGUGGGGUUGAAAGGGGGCGGCUGAAGGCUGAAAGUCUGAGAGUCUCGAAUGGGCCUCGACUUUCUUUUCGAGGUCUGGUUGCCCGUGCCUCAGGCUAUAAAAGCGGGCUAAGCGCGGGCGGGGUGAGACUUCUAGAACGACGGGGGGGUGUUCAGACUCUCUCCACUCUCCUCCGCAAUGGUAAGGAACACAUAACCUGCCUGAUGGGAGAUGAUAUAUGCAAGAGCGGUAAGAAUCAUCGCGUGCCGUAAUACUUUCACUUUCAGCAACUAUAGCCGCUGGCAUAUCGGACCGGCAGUUGGCGUUGUGAGGGGUUCAAUUCAAGGCCCGAGGCAGGCACGUACGGCGCAUCCACAAGUAAUUUACAGUGGUGGCUGUAGAGUGUGAAAAUAGAAAGUGUAAUUAUAACGGUCACGUGUAAUAUAUAAUAUUUGGUCACGUGUCGAUAGAGGGGUUCAGAUAUUUUUGUCCGAGGUCAGAGGAGGGGCACAAGAGGGGCAGCACCCGAGCAGCAACCAAACUAUAGACGAAAUGAAAGGCAUAAGUGAUGUAGAGCUCGCCAACUUUAGAGAGAAGCAAAGACUAGAGGAAGUAAACAAGGCCAUAGAAAUGUCUAUCGCAAAGGUUCCUGGUGAUGAGAAGAUUUACAUCAGUGGAGUAUUUGCCCUCCGGCGGCCUCAAACGCUCAAAGAUGCGGGCAUAACACAUAUCGUCUCCGCGCUGCGGUUUAACUACAGAGAGACGAAAGGAUGGGAGAACUACACGCACUGCAACGUCCAAAUCGACGAUAUGGACGAUGAGAACCUCAUCGAGCAUUUUCCAAGAGUUGUCCAGUUUAUCAAAGAUGCGCUGGCAGGAGGUGGUGGUGUUCUGAUCCACUGCGCAAUGGGCAAAUCCCGCUCCGUAACCCUCGCCAUCGCCUACCUCCUCGCCACCCGCCCCUCCCUAACCCCCUACUCAGCACUCUCCCUAGUCCGCCAAACCCGCCCCCACGCCGACCCCAACCCGGGCUUCAUGACGCAACUCGACCUCUGGAGACGCUGCAGCUGCACCCCCGAUCUGGAAGCCAGCCCUAUCUACCAGCGCUGGCUCUACGCCGCUGAAGUCGAGCUGAGCACUUCUAUCGGCCGCGCCCCGGACCGUCUGCGCUUUGAGGACGAGGAGAAGGUUAAGUCUGGAGUUGCGGAUAGUGCUGAUGCGACGAAAGCGAUGCGUUGUAGGAGAUGCAGGACGCUGCUCGCGAAGGAGGAGUAUAUCGUUGAGCAUGACCCCAAGGCCCCAAAAGAAGAAGACAAAAUUUCCUCCACUGCAGCUCUUCCGCUCCCCAACCCCGAUGCCGCUGCGGCGUCCUCGAGUAGUGUGGCAUGCGGCCACUUCUUCCUCCAAGCGCUGUCGUGGAUGCGUCCCGCGCUUGAGACGGGCGAGCUGGAAGGCCGUCUGCUGUGCCCGAAUUUGAAGUGUGAGGCGCUGGUGGGGAGGUGGAAUUGGAAGGGGUUGAAGUGUAGUUGUGGCGUGUGGGUUACGCCGGCGUUUGCGGUGCAGAAGGGGCGUGUGGAUUUGUUGAGUCCGACGGUGGAAAGGGGGAGAGGCGCACAGGCGGCAGGUGUCAGGAUGCCGCCUGGGAUGAGGGUGCCGCCUCCUAGGGAUGGGAAUUUAUAGAGCAUUGGUUAGUGUUGGGGAAACGUAUACCUGGUUGAGUACAUGAGAAGGGGUUAUGGAAGGAAAUGAAAUCGGAUUCACAAUGAAGGCUACGGGAUGACAGCAAUUGCUUUUCAUACCAUAAGAGCUAUUAUGUAGGGCCAAGUUAUUGGUGGUAUCCUCCGUUUAGCAUACAAGCCAU